CACUUAGGAUGCCAAUUAGCCUCUUGACGGGGUCCGCAUUGUAAAUCCUACAACUAGCGAGGUUAUCGACUGCUGGGCCAGACAUUUUAAGCGACGUCGAUCUCGUGAUCAAUCUCGAAACCACGAAAAAAACUGCUGCGGAAAUAGAAAUAAAAGUAGCUGAAGCUAGAGUGACUGCUGUAAAGAUAGACGAGGCUCGAGAAAUUUAUCGUCCUGUUGCGGCUCGAGCCAGCCUCUUAUAUUUCGUUUUAAACGAUUUGAACAAGAUCAAUAUGCUCUAUCAGUUUUCUUUGAAAGCUUUCAGCGUUGUCUUUCUAAACGCAAUUAGAUUUGCAGUAGCUUCGGAGGAUUUGGCUAAGCGCGUAGCUCUUUUAAUGGAUAGCAUCACUUAUCUAGUUUUCAUUUAUACAAGCAGAGGAUUAUUUGAAGGCGAUAAAUUGACCUUCCUCUGUCAAAUGACCAUUCAGAUUUUUAUGGAAGCAAAAGAAAUAUCACAAUCAGAACUUGACUUCCUAUUAAGAUUUCCGUAUAUUCCCGAGUUAACCAGCCCUGUAGACUUCUUAACAGACGUCGAUUGGGGAGGGAUUAAAUAUUUGAGCCAAAUGGAGGAUUUCCAAAAUUUAGAAAAAGACAUAGAAGGCGCUGCGAAACGGUGGAAGAAGUUUGUAGAAUCAGAUACGCCGGAACGAGAAAGUUUCCCACAAGAUUGGAAAAAUAAAACCGCUCUGCAAAGAUUAUGCAUCAUGAGGUGUCUUCGACUAGAUCGUAUGACUUACGCGAUUAGCCAAAGCUCAUACCGCGCUGAGUGCACUUUUUUUCGUCACCAAAAUAAUAUCCCAAUAAUCUAUCACUUAAAAAGAAAAAUAGGGAUUAAAAGAAAUACUCUGCGAUGA